CAUAUGCAGUAAAAAAUGGAGAUAUCAGUAGUUAACAUCAUAAUUAGCAUUGUGCUGUUAGGCAGUGUGGUGGGUUCUAAGGCUAGGGCUACAACUACUGCAUACCUUACCCAAGGGACGGCUUACUGGACCAACUACUAUGUUGAACGGAAUGAUUGGGACAUGAACAAGGCAAAUGUUGCCUGCGCCUCGAAGUUUGCCGACAAGCCUAUCGAAUGGCGCAGCAAAUAUUAUUGGACCGCCUUCUGUGGAUUGAGUGGUCCUUCGUACCCAAGUAGUUGUGGCCUGUGCUUGAAGGUGACCAACCCUAAAAAUGAUGCCAGCGUGGUGGUGAGAAUCGUCGACCAAUGCGGUUCGGAAAGCAUGGACUUGGAUCAACCUGCGUUCAGUCUGAUCGACGAUGGGAGCGGCAAACAAACAGGGCACCUUACUGUGGAAUACGAGCUCGUGGAUUGUGAUCCUCCACCGCCGCCACCAGCAGGUCCCGGUGAGACUGAUGUCAUAGCUUACUGGAGUGACUAUGGUCCUCUAAAGAAUAACUGGAGCUACGGUGCGGUCGCUUGCAAAGGCUAUGACGGUAACAAACCCUUGGAGUGGCGUCAAAGAUAUGGAUGGACCGGUUACUGUGGAAAUGUUUUCGGUUCUCAACUGAAAGACAUCUGUGGCAAGUGCUUAAAGGUAACCAACACACGCACAAAAGAUGAGGAAAUAGUGAGAAUCGUCGAUACAUGUGGCAGUGGUGCUCUGGAGUUAGACUUACACACUGCGUUUAAACCCAUUGACAGUGAUGGGAAAGGGAAUGCUGCAGGCCAUCUUACUGUGGACUAUCAAGUGGUGGAUUGUGAUGAUGAUGUGGAUUCUCCACUUCGUCUCUAUGGACAGUGACUUUAGUCUAUAAAAUUCCCACUCGAUUUCACUUGUAUAACAUAAAGUCUUAUCUAAAGACUACUAUGUACCAAACAUGUUACAGCGGAAUCAUGAAUUUCGUUAACAAAAGGUUAAUAAGAAGUGGGACU